AUGGGGAUAGUCAGUGUCGCGCCACCUCCGGCUCGUGUUGGUCCUAUUACCGUCGGCGUUCGCAUCAUCAAACAAGAAGGUGUUGCCGCUCUUUACAACGGAGCCUCCGCCACUGUCCUCCGCCAGAGUCUCUACUCCACCACCCGAAUGGGACUCUACGAUUACCUCAAGCAUAAGUGGUCCGAUCAAAAAGCCGGCGGCAACAUGUCGCUUUCCGGGAAGAUCGCAUUCGGUUUGUUGGCUGGAGGUGUGGGUGCAGCAGUUGGAAACCCGGCGGACUUAGCCAUUAUUCGCAUGCAAGCCUUCACAUAA